CCCAGCUGUGGGACCGCCAUAGGGAGGAGCUUGAUGUUGGUCCAGCCCCGCUGAUCGCGAGAGCUAGAAAAACCCCAGGCGGGCCUCUCUCUCGAUCCGCCUUCGGUGGUGGCUCGCUUCGGCUCCGGCAUGGCGCGGCAGAGGGUCGGGGUCGCAAGCCUGGCAUUGGCCGCGACGCUGGCCUUCCUGGGGACGGGCGCCGCGGGAACCAGCGAGGGCAAGGCAGACGCUGUGGAUCCUGGGAAACUCCUGGUCUUGACAGCUGCCACUGAAAAAACGGAGGGGUACCAACGCUUUCUGCAGACUGCCAAACACUUCAACUACACUGUUAAGACUCUUGGGUUAGGGGAAGAUUGGAAAGGAGGUGAUGUCGCCCGCACUGUUGGCGGCGGACAGAAGGUCCGUUGGCUGAAAGCAGAAAUGAAGAAAUAUGCAAACGAGGAGGAGCUGAUCGUCAUGUUUGUGGACAGCUACGAUGUGAUCCUGGCCGGAGGCCCCAUUGAACUUCUCUGGAAGUUCCUACAGUUCAAAAGCAAGCUGGUCUUCUCGGCGGAAAGCUUCUGCUGGCCAGAGUGGUCCUUGGCGGAGAAGUACCCACCAGUGCCCGUGGGCAAACGUUUCCUCAAUUCCGGGGGAUUUAUUGGCUACGCCCCCACCAUCAAUCGCAUCGUCCAGCUGUGGAAAUACAAAGAUGAUGAUGAUGAUCAGCUCUUCUAUACACGCAUUUACCUGGAUCCUGCCCUGCGGGAGAAACACGAAAUCGCCCUGGAUCACAAGUCAAAAAUCUUCCAGAAUCUGAAUGGGGCCAUUGAUGAGGUCGUUCUGAAAUUCGAGAGGACUCGGGUGCGCGCCCGAAAUGUCGCUUACGACACCCUUCCUGUCGUCAUCCAUGGUAAUGGGCCAACCAAGUUACAGCUCAAUUAUUUGGGGAAUUACAUCCCUAAUGCAUGGACGUAUGAAGGGGGCUGUGGAACGUGUGAUGAAAACCUCCUGGAUCUCUCAGAUUUGCCGGAGGCCUCGUAUCCCCGCGUGCUGCUGGGGGUGUUCAUUGAGCAGCCCACGCCGUUUCUUCCUCAGUUUCUCCAGCGCCUCCUCACUCUGGAUUAUCCUUACUCACAUCUCAGCCUUUUUAUCCACAACCGUGUGGUGUAUCACGAGCCGCACAUCCAAGCCGAGUGGGAACAACUCCGGGAGGCCUUUGACACCAUCAAGCUUGUGGGGCCGGAAGAGGAUCUGAGCGAGGGGGAGGCCAGAGAUAUGGCCAUGGAUCUGUGUCGGCAGGACCCCGCCUGCGACUACUAUUUCAGCCUAGAUGCAGAUGUGGUGGUGACGAACCCCGAGAUACUGCAGAUCCUCAUCCAGGAGAACAAGAAGGUGAUCGCUCCCAUGAUGUCCCGGCACGGGAAGCUUUGGUCCAACUUCUGGGGGGCCUUGAGCCCGGAUGAGUAUUACGCCCGCUCGGAAGACUACGUGGAGCUGGUCCAGGGCAAGAGAGUUGGAGUGUGGAAUGUUCCCUACAUCUCUCAGGCCUAUAUACUGCGAGGGGAGACGUUGCGCCGUGAACUGGCCAAGCGGAACGUCUUCACCUUGGAUGACACGGAUCCUGACAUGGCCUUUUGCAAAAGCGUGCGGGAGAAAGGCGUCUUUCUUCACAUCAGUAAUCGGGACGAUUUUGGACGCCUCCUUUCCACCUCCAGAUACAACACGACCCGUCUUCAUCCUGACCUCUGGCAGAUCUCGGAGAAUCCGCUGGACUGGCAGGACAAAUACAUCCACGAGAACUACUCCCGAGUGCUGGAGGGGGAGUAUUACGAGCAGCCCUGCCCUGAUGUUUAUUGGUUCCCUGUGUUCACGGAUCAGAUGUGCGACGAGCUAGUGGAAGAGGUGGAACGUUUCGGCCAGUGGUCCGGAGGGAAGCAUGAGGACACCCGGCUGGCCGGUGGCUACGAGAACGUCCCAACGGUGGAUAUCCAUAUGAACCAGAUUGGGUUCGAGAGGGAGUGGCUCCAGUUUCUGAGGGACUACAUCGCUCCUGUCACGGAGAAACUCUACCCCGGCUACUACACCAAGGCUCGGGCGAUCAUGAAUUUCAUGGUCCGGUACCGUCCAGACGAGCAGCCUUCACUCCGGCCCCAUCACGAUUCCUCCACUUUCACCAUCAACGUCGCCCUCAACCGCAAAGGGAUUGAUUACGAGGGAGGUGGCUGCCGGUUUAUCCGUUACAACUGCAAAGUCGAGUCGCCGCGCAAAGGCUGGACUCUGAUGCACCCCGGGCGCCUCACCCACUACCACGAGGGCUUGCCCACCACCAGCGGCACCCGUUACAUCAUGGUCUCUUUCGUCGACCCCUAACGCCGACUCCUCUGCCGUUCCCCCUCAGCUCCGGGGCGGUCAACGCACUGAAAGCAAAAAGACUUGUGUGAAGGAGACUUUUGAGGGGUGUGGUGUGGAAUCGAGGGAGGCCUUCUCGUCCUCCACUGCCAGCUGCCUUGGUGCCUUCAAAGGACGAUGGGUGGCUCCCUGUUCUGUCGCAGCCUGAACUUUGAGUUGCUACAAGCCACAGGAGCGAUCGUUGCCACCUUGCAGCAUCGACUUCCCUGCCAAUUAACGGAGUUUGCGUGGGUCUGCCUCGUUGCCCCCGAGGUAGAGGAAAGACUAUUCAUUGUUUCUGCCUUUUUCUACGACAGGUGUCCUGUGUGCUAGUUUAACCUCCUACCAAAUGCAGCCUAGCCCGCCUGCCCGCCCCGAGCUUGAUUCUAUUAACAGCAGCACCAGAAAUCCCAAAACAUCCGUCUCUUUUCUCACGAGGAGGCAGCACUGAGUUUUGCCACUAACGGUUCCCAUCCUUUUUUUUUUCUUUUUGCCUUGGGGUUCUCUUACUCCGACUCUGAUCCUGUUCUUGAUCUCAGCAACGUUUUAGAUCCCGUUUUGGCCACCCCCAGGUCUCCAGCGGUGCCCUUCCCGAAACAGCCCAGGUGCUUCUGAGCGACCACGAAAAGCACCUUCUGCCCUCUUGCCGCCACUCACACCCCUUCGAGGAUUUAAGAAGAGCACGUUCCAGGUUUUGGUGCAGCUGGAAUUCAGGCCCGUCUCUUGUUUCCCAGAAGGUGGAAAUAAAAGUGGCCAGAAAGGAAGUAGGUGAAGGCAGGAACGCAGAAGGAAGCCUUUCAAACCAACAACUCUGAUUUUCAGCCAACUCUGGGAAACGGGAGGUCAUUUGACAUGCACACAAAGGAAGCAGGACAGGAGCUGAAACAGGAGAAAUCUCCAUUUUGAAGACGGUGCUUAGUUGCUCUUCCGGUGCUGCAGAGGGUGCCUCCCAUACAUCCAUUUUUUUGUUUUGUAAACUUUGAGAUUGAGCCAAGAGAAGCCUCAUGUGCAUCUUGUCCAUCUCUAUGCAGCCCGUCUUGUGGGAUAAAUUGGCCUAAAGUGCUACUCAAGGUGUGAUAUAGCACCUCUUGCAUUGAGGCGGAGAAGACAGUCCUUCGUGAGAGUGUUUUUCUACCUUGGUCCACGUGUUGCGAGCCAGGAACACCUUCCAGAGGCUACAGGAGAUGCUUAAAAGCAAACAGCCUUCCAUAGCCUUCCCUUAAUCCUGUGGGGUUCCGACCGGCAGACUGGGCGUGCGUCGGCUGCUUCUUUUACCACACCGUGCAUUAAGUUAUUGUUGUUUUACAGUACACCAAAUAAACCAGUGUUUUAAACCA